AUGGAUAAUUCAAAAGUUCAAGAGAUAUUGGAGAAGCAACUAUUGACUGUGGCGAAGGCUGUGGAAGACAAGAUAGAUGAGGAGAUCUCGGCUAUAGAUCGGCUAGAUUCUGACGAUAUGGAGGCGUUGAGGGAGCGACGAUUGCAACAGAUGAAAAAAAUGGCGGAGAAACGGAGAAGCUGGAUCGCCCUUGGCCACGGCGAGUACUCAGAGAUCCCAAACGAAAAAGAAUUUUUCUCUGUUGUCAAAGCCAGUGAACGUGUUGUGUGCCAUUUUUACCGUGAAAAUUGGCCUUGCAAGGUCAUGGACAAGCAUCUGAGUAUAUUGGCAAAGCAACAUAUUGAGACGCGCUUUGUCAAAAUCAAUGCUGAGAAAAGUCUUUACUUGGCUGAGAAGCUCAAAAUUGUCGUUCUUCCUACUCUUGCCCUCAUUAAAAAUGCUAAAGUGGACGAUUAUGUGGUUGGAUUCGACGAGCUUGGUGGAAAAGAUGAUUUCAGCACUGAGGAACUCGAGGAGAGGUUAGCAAAAUCCCAGGUUAUUGUUUACGAGGGUGAAUCAUCACUCAAUGCAUCCAAGUCUAAAGGCAAAACCAAGAGCGUCCGUCAAAGCUCAUAUUCAUCAGACUCUGAAUAG